CAGGGGAGGUUCCAAGGCCGGAUGGGUACUGAGUCGGUCCGCGCUGCGGCUGGCAGGGGCGCGGACACUGGUCCCGCGCAGUGGGCAGGAGGAAGAGGUGGAGGAGGAGGGGCUGUCGGUUUCCCCCUCCCCUUUCUCCGCCUCUCCGGUCCGGUGCCCUUGGCCUCGAGCGCGUCGUUGGUUUCCGGUUGUCAGGCAGCGGCCAGCAGGGAGACAGCGGAGGUGGGAGGGAGAGAAGCUGUUGGAGUGCGGGCUGGAGCCCUCCGAUCCGCAGCCAGUAUGAAGGACAGCGCGGACUCCAAGGACCAACAGCUCACCGUAGCACUCCGGGUCCGCCCCAUCAGCGUUGCAGAGUUGGAAGAAGGAGCCACACUCAUUGCCCAUAAAGUGGAUGAACAGGUAAACAAAGACCUCAGCCAAGAAAAACUCUCAGUGGCUCCUUCAAGAAUCUUCUGGGACUUUUGCAGAUGUGGUUCUGAUGGACCCAAUGAGGAUCCAGAUGACAUUCUCCGAGCUCACCGAUCCCGGGAGAAGUCCUACCUAUUUGAUGUGGCCUUUGACUUCACUGCCACUCAGGAGAUGGUUUACCAAGCCACCACGAAGAGCCUCAUUGAAGGGGUCAUCUCUGGCUAUAACGCCACCGUCUUUGCCUAUGGCCCUACUGGCUGUGGAAAAACCUAUACUAUGCUGGGCACUGACCGAGAGCCUGGCAUCUAUGUUCGGACCCUCAACGACCUAUUCUGUGCCAUUGAGGAGACCAGUAAUGACAUGGAAUAUGAAGUAUCCAUGUCCUACCUAGAGAUCUACAAUGAAAUGAUAAGGGAUCUGUUGAACCCUUCCCUGGGGUACCUAGAGUUGAGAGAAGACUCCAAGGGGGUGAUCCAGGUGGCUGGGAUCACUGAGGUUUCUACCAUCAAUGCCAAAGAGAUCAUGCAGCUUCUGAUGAAAGGGAAUAAGCAGAGGACCCAAGAGCCCACAGCUGCCAACCAGACAUCUUCUCGGUCCCACGCCGUGCUCCAGGUGACCGUCCGCCAAAAGAGCCGGGUCAAGAACGUCAUGCAGGAGGUGCGGCUGGGUCGCCUCUUCAUGAUAGACCUGGCUGGCUCAGAGCGGGCAUCCCAGACGCAGAACCGAGGGCAGCGCAUGAAAGAAGGUGCCCACAUCAACCGGUCCCUGCUGGCCUUGGGCAACUGCAUCAACGCUCUCAGCGACAAGGGGAAUAAUAAGUAUAUUAACUACAGAGACAGCAAACUCACCCGACUCCUCAAGGAUUCCCUUGGGGGCAACAGUAGGACAGUGAUGAUUGCCCACAUCAGCCCUGCAAGCAGUGCGUUUGAGGAGUCCCGAAACACCCUCACUUAUGCUGGCCGGGCCAAGAAUAUCAAGACCAGGGUGAAACAGAACCUGUUAAAUGUCUCAUACCACAUUGCUCAGUAUACCAGUAUCAUCUCUGACUUGCGCAGUGAGAUUCAACGCCUCAAGUGCAAGAUUGAAGGGCAGAGUGGGCACAGCCAGAGCCGAGGGCCCCUGGAGCAGGGAGAUAUUCACCAGGUCCAAGCUGAUGUCCAGCUCCAUAGCUCCCAGUUUGAGCAGCUGGAGAUGGGGCAGCUGCGGGGGCAGCUCCUCAGUGCCUUUCGGGACCAGAUGGAUGUCCGAAGGCUCCUGCUAGAAUUGGAAAACCACUCCAUGGAGAUCCAAAUCGAUACUUCCCGCCAUCUGCUCACUAUUGCUGACUGGGAGCAAGAGAAAUCUCGCCGCACCCUCAAGUGGCAGGAGGAACAACGGAAGGAAUCAUACAGUAAGGAUGACAGUGAGAAGGAUUCAGACACUGGUGAUGACCAGCCAGACAUCCUGGAGCCUCCAGAGGUGACUUCUGCACGAGAAAGCAUUGCUACCCUGGUUGGGGAGCAGAAGAAACUCCGAAAGCAGAAGGUGGAACUGGAACAACGGUGCCGGGAUCUGAGAACCCAAGGCCGGAGACUGGAAGAGAUGCUACCACGGCACAUUGGUUCUCAGGAGCAUGGGGAAAUCCUGAGCUUAUUGUGCCGGGUCCAUGAGCUAGAGAUGGAGAAUACUGAGAUACAGUCCCAUGCUCUGCUCCGAGAUGGUGCACUCUACCACCGUCAGGAGGCCAUGCGUCGCCUGGAACAGCACCGAAGUCUCUGUGAUGAGAUCAUCCAGGGCCAGCGGCAGAUUAUAGAUGAUUACCAUCUGUCUGUCCCUCACCACCUGGAGCAGCUGUAUGGGCUCUACCAGCGGGAACUGGAAGAGGGAAAUCUGGAUCGAAUUACCGUUAUGGACCGGGCAGCCUCCAGGGCCCUGCAGGAGAGUUCAUUGCCCAGAAUUCCCCCAGGCCCUGGAGAGAACACCCUAGCCCUGGAUUCAGACCAGGAGAGUGUGAAGACUCUGGGCUCUGAACCCCAGCUGGUGCCUCGGAAGGAAUGGCGAAAGAACAUACUCCCACCUCUCAGUGUGGGAGACCUGGAGAGUGAAGUUAACAAGGUGUUUAAGGCCAGUCCCCAUCCCCGAGCCUGGCAAAUGAAGAGCUCAGCUGUGUUAACACCGCCACCCAUCCAGAUCAAUGGCAUGGUUACCCAGGAGGACCCACAUCAGGACAGCAGUCGCAUCAACUCCUCCCCGGACAGUAGUGAGAACAUCCCAGAGAUCCCUGUGUCCCACAAAGAAAGGAAGGAGAUCCUGUCCAGUACCAAGAACAUUGUCGUGAAAGCAGCCAGGCGGAGGUCACGGGCACUGGGCCCAGAAAGGCACCAGCUGCUGGCGCCAAUGACUGAACAGAGCAGUCUGUCCCUGCACUCCUUGAGUGAGGCAGAUGACGGUCCCCCACAGCCACCACCUGCCUGCAAGCGCCCUCCAAGCCCUAUGCUACAGCACACCGUCAGUGAAGACAACCUGUCCAGCAGCACUGGAGAGACCCCAUCGCGGGUGGCCAGACGCCAUGGAGAUACCCCAGGUCUCUGGCUCCGGGGCCAGAAGAAGAGCCUGGCUAAGAAACGGGAGGAAUCACUAGAGGUGAAGAAGAGGAAGAGAAGGUCCAGGUCCUUUGAGGUCACAGGACAGGGGCUACCCCGUCCUAAGAACCAUCUCCUGCGCCCCCGACCCCUGGAGAGUACUUCAGACUACAGGAUACCCAUCCCUGGGAACCCAGUACCCAGCAUCAGGCACCUGAAUAAGGUUGCACUGCCCCUCGCCAAAGUCAGGCUUCCUCUCAGCCAGACCAUAGGUCCUGGGGACCCGUUGCCCCUCACCACACCAGCUCCUUCCAAAAGAGCUACCUGUGGUCCACAUCCACUCCAGGGCAAGGAUGGACGUUUCCGACCUAACUGAAAACCUCUGAAGCUUGGAACUAACCUGCCCCAAAAAUGAAAGGGGAGAGAGAUGGGAAGACAGAAAGACCAGGGAUGGAGGGGAGUGCAGUGGGAGGUGACCUGGGCAGGAGAGCAGGAGAUGUCCAGAUACCUGGCACCCCAUGAGCCCUGGUGGAGUUUGUGUCCUGGAGAUGCUGGAAUGAGGAUGGCAAUUACCCUUCCACUCCAGUGACAUCAGUGCAGCCAGGGCUGGGGGGGCAAGGGACUUACUGGGAAAAGGAGAAGAUCCCAAGAAGGGACCCCCAGAAUGGGCUGAGGGAAAUCUAACCCCAGCCAGGGCCAGAGCCCCUUCUGGAUUCCCUAUAUUACACUGCACAGUUAUGUGUUGCCAAAACUCUUUACCUACCUUUAGGCUUCAAUGUGGACAGCAGGGUCUACUGGGCUGAGCCUCUACAGCCAGGUGGUGGGAAAGACCAUGGGGUCCUGGGGGUUAUUGGAGUGAUCAUACUUGGGGAAAGGGGAACCCAGGAAAGAGCCUGGAACUGAGCCUAGAGUCCAGGCUGCAUAGUGGAGAUGGGGGUUGAGGGUGAUGGUUUCAUUUGAUCACAUCACAGUGGCACUCCCCCCUCCUUUUUAACAAUAAAAAUCCUACUUGGAGUUGGAUGUUCAUGUUCAA